AUGCUUGUUCCACCUAAGAAUGUAAGACAUGAGAUGCCUACUCAGGCUAGUCAGACUGCCAAAGCCAAUGUGGCACCAAAAAGGGGGAGACCUAAGGGUUCAGUCAAUGCUAGCAUAAAGACAUUGGAAGCAAUUCUGAGUAAUGAACAUGUAUUGGACAUUCAACCAAUAAGUAUUGACAACUCACAUGUGAAGUCAAGUGUUAGGACAUUUUAUGAACCAAAUCCAAUUAACAUCGAUUUUGUCAAGAGAUUGAAUCCAACUAACAAGUUGGAGAAAAAUUCUGACUUGACAAUUGCAACAAGAAAAAUUGACAAACUAAGGAUUCUAAAAUUAAGAGACAUAAAUGGACCUGAUAAAGAACCUAAUAAUACAUUAGUGAUUAGUGGAUAUGAAGAGACUACAAUAGAUGUCAUUGGUGGUGCAAAUAUUUCGAAAAGAUGGACAAACAUUUGUAAGGGCCUCACACAAUGA